AAUUUUGCAUUUUUGUCUUCAAUUAUAUAUCCCUCAACGUGUAUCAUGAGUUUUACUAAUUAAAAUUUUUUCGUCUACGAUUACGACAAUAAAUAAAGUAAGUUGGUGGGCAUAGAUUCCGAUGAACUUUGAUUGAUUGUAAUCAGAAUGCAUUAACGGAUUUCAAGCUGAUUACAUUCCAACAUGUCAUUCCCACCGAUCGCUCAUCCUUCAACGUGUUUUCUGAGAUUUAUUGAUCUAAAAACCCCGAAAUCUUUUAAAAAAUUAAUUAUUUUUUGUAAAUAAGUACCAAGUUAUUUGGAUCCUUCUCUCACACAGCUCUCUUUGUGUUUGACAAUUCCAUGGAGGGCAACGCAGAAUCGCCGCUUCUUACCACAUACAACGUCGAAGAUAUCGGUCCGAUCAAAGGAGUAAAUGACUUCUUUGUCCAAUUUGGCAUCGAGUCAAAGAAGCUUUGGUACCUUGCAGCUCCUGCGAUUUUCACUUCUGUGUGUCAGUAUUCACUCGCCGCAGUCACUCAAACGUUCACCGGUCAUGUUGGAACUCUCGAUCUCGCAGCUUUCUCUAUAGAAAACUCAGUCAUUGGUGACUUCUCUUUUGGAAUCAUGAUGGGAAUGGGGAGUGCACUGGAGACUUUGUGUGGGCAAGCAUAUGGAGCAGGGCAGUUGGAUAUGUUAGGAAUAUAUAUGCAGAGAUCGUGGGUUAUCCUCUUCGUUUCUGCUCUUAUCAUGAUGUUUUUCUACAUCUUCGCGACUCCAUUACUCCUCUUAAUCGGACAAACCGAAGCUAUAUCUCAUGCAGCAGGGAAGGUGGCGAUAUGGAUGAUUCCGCAGCUCUUCGCUUACGCUUUCAACUUUCCGAUCGCCAAGUUUCUUCAGUCGCAGAGUAAGAUAAUGGUGAUGGCUUACAUAUCGGCGGGAACGUUGAUCGUUCAUACGUUUUUUAGCUGGCUUUUCAUGUUGAAAUUGGGAUGGGGGUUAGCUGGCGGAGCUUUGGUGCUGAACCUGUCAUGGUGGAUGAUGGUGAUCGCUCAGAUGAUUUAUAUUCUGAGCGGGACCUGUGGUCGAGCAUGGUCAGGGUUUAGCUGGGACGCCUUCAAUGGUCUUUGGGGCUUCGUGAAGCUGUCUAUGGCGUCAGCUGUCAUGAUGUGUUUGGAAAUAUGGUAUUUUAUGGUAUUGAUACUUUUUGCUGGAUAUCUAAAGAAUGCUGAAGUUGCAGUUGAUUCACUCUCCAUCUGCACCAACAUUCUUGGGUGGGUGGUAAUGGUUGCAUUUGGAUUUAAUGCAGCUAUCAGAAAUCGAUACAGUGUAAGGGUGUCAAAUGAAUUAGGGGCAUCCCAUCCAAGAACAGCUAAAUUCUCAGUGGUGGUGGUGGUGACUUCAGCAUUUCUCAUGGGUGUUUUAAUGGCUGCCAUUCUUAUCAUCUUUCGACAUCAGUAUCCAGCCAUAUUUGUUGAAAGUAUCGAAGUUCAACAUGCCGUUUAUGCUCUUACUUCAUUGCUAGCAGCUUGUAUUGUCAUUAACAAUAUUCAACCCGUGCUCUCCGGGGUGGCAAUUGGUGCAGGGUGGCAAGCCGUGAUUGCUUAUAUAAAUAUUACUUGCUACUACAUCUUUGGCAUCCCUUUGGGUCUUAUUCUCGGAUUUGUAGCCAAGUGGGGUGUAAAGGGUAUAUGGAUAGGGAUGAUGAUUGGAACUGUGAUACAAACUUUAGUAUUGGUUUGGAUUUGCUAUACAACCAACUGGGAAAAAGAGGCAUCCAUGGCAGAAAACAGAAUUAAACAAUGGUCAGGUAAAAAACCAAAACCGGUGGAGGGAGAGAAAUAAAAGGUUUAAUGUCGUUAAGGCCAGUCAAAAAUAGGUCUGUCGACAGAGAGCAAUUAAAAAGUGUUAAAAAGAAGGUUUAUAAAUUGAAAAGGGUUCAAGUAGAAUAUUGAAGCUGGAGGGCUGUUUGAGAAUGUUUUAGAUAUAGAGGGGCUGAGAAUGAAGAUUGUAGAGGGACUAAAUGUGGACGACAGUGGGAGAAAGACAAUUAGGAUGUGUGCAUACAUAUUCUCCUAUAUUGAUGGUGUAUUGUUCUCAAAGGUGUCAUAUACACUAUAUAAAUGUUAUUAAAUAGAGAAUAGUGUUGUUUUGAGAAAUAUUUUCUCUCUUAUUUUGUUCUUAGUUCGUCUUUUUCAUCUUAAACCGUAGAUCUCUAUGUAGUUUGUUUGUCUUCUUUAUCAAUACAUAGAGUUUAGAGAUGUGUUGUUUGUAUUUGUACGAGUGUAGUACAAAUAUUCUGUGUAAUAUGUGAGAUUGAGAAAUAGAUUAGAUUUCUUGUAUA